AAGGCCACGUCCAAGAAUAGCAGUCUAUGUUGAACAACUUUCCACCCCAACUUACAGUACGUGCCACACUCUCACAAGUACACUCUUUAUCUUCUCCUUGCAACAUUACCUUUGCGAAAUCCUCCAAGAUACGCGAGUCUGAACCCGUACCACCCCUUACGAUGUUCUCUCCCCUCUCUUAUAUCUUGUUUCUGGCGAUCACACUGCAGACUGUCUAUGGAAGCCCGAUACCACAGUAUGCUGAAGAGCCUGGGGCGUCGCCCAUAAUAGUCCUGGAACUUGCGAUACCAUUCAUUCUUCUGCUUUCUCUCAAGUAUGCCUACGUGCGGUACCGCCGAGCACAAUCCAUCCACUCGUACGACUCUGGCGUUCUGGAGGUCAAAUCCGAAUCUGCUAGUCAACAAUUCAUUGGUCUUGGUAUUCAAUCCCAUAGCGUUCAUCGAAGGAAUUAUCUGCCAUCUAGCACUGCUAUAACAGGAUAUCUCGUAGGAUGUUUCGGCUCGCCACAUUGGGAGACUAGAAUCAAAUCGCAUGCGGACAGAGCUGCUCGGAAAGCAAGUAGUUCAAUAUCUGGGACCUUCCAUCGGGAUCAUUUCUCGCCUUCCGAGAUACGUUCUGCCAUAGCCGUAGGCUCAGUCAAAUCUGCGGUCAACAGCAGCUCUCGUAACACGCAUUCUCGUCGUCACACCUCAUAUAGCUCUCGGGCACCCUCAGUUUCCUUCCUGGAGAUGGCUUCACCAAUGAUGGAUAUCACAAGCUGUGGUAACGUUCAUCCUGGUUCGCCUGUGUGUCCAGAUAACUUGCCAGUGGCUCUUGGUAGCAAGCGGAAACCUCCUCAAACCCCUCGUAGGAGCUCCCGUGGUCCCAGGGCCUCCCGCAAAGGUAGCAACACACCUCCUCAGGCCUCACCGAGGACGAACGAGCAUUUCGAGGCUCAUGCCAUCGUCACAACGGAAGUACCCUCACGAACAGACUCUGAUACAAGCCGAUCCUUCAGUCAGACACCCUCCUUUCGGAAUGCUUCUACGACAGACGAAUCGUCUGCCACCAUGUCUUCUAUGUCUUCGGAGCAAUUCAUGGCUAGCCUCAUCUAUCCUGAUCACUCGCUCAUCUUACCUCACGAUAUUGGUUACACUCCUACGAUGUCAUCUCCGGAAAAGAGAUCGCCUAAAGUCACUGUGACAUCCGUUGAAAGUAUACAUGCGACUAUGAUGAAGACUGCUCUUAGCCCAGUCUCUCGUGUUAGUCCACCUAAGACGAAGCGUAUCGUCUCCCCGACUUCUGUGAAGAAGACAUCUGGGUCAUCAACUGGCUACUAUUCCGACUCAAAUUCUCACGGAAAUCCUACUCCAAGGCCCCGCAAUGCGAAGGCUGCCCCUCCGGUGGCCGUCAUUUCACCAGAGCUAUAUGUGUCUGAAAGCCGGUCUAUAUCUACCGACUGGAUCCUCGAUGACUUGAUCAAGGAUGGGAUGCUGGAUGUGGAUGCUGUGAAUACUGCCCUAGGUCUUGGCAUCUCAAGUCAGCACACCGAUCGAGAUUCUCCUCAAUCCUCAAGUCAUGGCAGAACUGACUGGAAAGGCGCCAAUACUCCCGAUAACAUUGAUGUUCAAAUCCGUUCACCUGGUGGUCUCCUUUGUCCUAUUCCUGAGGAAUCAGAAGAUAUAUCUGAAGGCGAUCAUGACGGUCUUAUGCCCCUGGUGGGCUUGUGGGAAGCUGCCUGUCGUCUUGAACCUGCCAAGGAAGAGACUUUGUCUAUGAAGGGUUCUGCAAAGGGCUCUGUCUCUGCACCGGCUGCUGGCAUACAGAGUUCACAAUGGUACUUCUGAUCCUGCGAAACCUCAUUCGUUUAAAUGUAUUUCAUCAAUGCGACAUCCUUCUCGCGUGUCUUCACCCCAGUCCACUCAUUUUGGUUAUGUUUUACUAGUGGCCCUCAAUGUACUUGUUUUAUCGUUAUAUAUUCAAACCACAGUGAAUACUCUGCCAAUGUUUCUCAACUAGUAUGCUGGAACCCCGUGUCUUGUGUUACGU